CCAAAAGAUGGACUUUUCAUACCUGUGGGGCUGUGGGCCCUGAAGGCCCGACUCCCACUCAGUGCCUCAACUCCUACAGGAACAGCAAUGUCAACGUGACAGUCGGCACCCGAGGGCCCUUCAAAGGCAUUCAAAUGUGGCGGGUCCCAGAAACUGGCACCUACAGGAUCACUGCCUAUGGUGCAGCUGGCGGGAGGAGUGUGAUGGCCAUAAGCGGGUCACAUGGUGUCUACAUCACAGGAGAGUUCCUGCUGAAGAAGGAUGAGCUGCUUUACAUCCUGGUGGGACAACAAGGAGAGGACGCGUGCCCCAACCCCAACAUCAUGCUGAAAAAGAUCUGCCUGGAACAGAGCGGCCCGAUGGUGAACAAAACUCAAGUGAAAGGGGGUGGAGGAGGCGGCGGUGGGGCGACAUAUGUGUUCAAGGUGGAUGGAGACGUGUCCAUCCCUCUAAUCAUCGCUGCUGGGGGAGGUGGGCGGGGCUACAGCAGCCAAUCACUGAACCAGCUGGAGCAGAUGGACUAUAACCCCAGCCAACCGGGACGCAACGGGAAGUCGCACGCUGCAGGUGGAGGCGGAGGUUGGAAUGACAGCGCUCCUGUCAGUCAGGGCGGCCGACCGCUGGUGCUGGGGGGCCAGGGAGGGCAGGCCUGUCAAAAGUUCUGGCAGACCCGCGGCGGCUUCGGGGGCGGCGGGGGUGGCUGUAUAGCCGGUGGCGGCGGCGGAGGCUACAGAGGUGGUAACACCUCCAUAGAUAAUAACCCCAAACAUGAUGGUGACGACGGCACGUCCUUCCUCAGCCCAGAGGGAGAACUCUUCCUCUAUCCUCUGAAAGCUAUGGAAGGGAACGGUGAGGUGAUCAUCAGCCCGGAGCAGAACUGCAGCCACUGUGAAAGCGGCGAAUGCCACGAGACCAAGGCUGCCAUCAUCUGCUACUGCGAUCAUGACCUCAUCCUGGCACCAGACGGAGUGUCCUGCGUCAACACUACAAAAGUGUCCACGAUGCCUCCACAGCCGUCCCUCUCCCACCUGGCGCUGGGUCUGUCUGUGGGCACCUCGGCCCUCAUCGCCGCCCUGCUGCUGGCUGUGUCAGGAGUCAUGAUAAUGUACAGGCGGAAACACACAGAGCUGCAGUCUAUUCAGCUGGAGCUGCAGAGUCCCGACUGCAAGCUCAGCAAGCUGCGGGCCUCCACCAUCAUGACAGACUACAACCCCAACUACUGCUUCGCCGGCAAGACGGCCUCAGUCAACGACCUGAAGGAGGUGUCGCGCCGAAACAUUUCUCUCACCAGGGGUCUGGGUCAUGGUGCUUUUGGUGAGGUCUAUGAAGGUCUGGCAGUGGGGAUACCAGGUGAACCAAGUCCACUGCAAGUGGCAGUCAAGAUCAUGAAGUUGAAUAAGUUCAGCCACCAGAACAUCGUGCGUUGUAUAGGAGUCAGUCUGCAAGCCAUGCCUAGGUUCAUCCUGCUGGAGCUGAUGGCCGGAGGAGACCUCAAGACUUUCCUGAGGGAGACCAGGCCCCGGCUGGAGCAACCAUCCAGCCUGACCAUGGUGGACCUUCUGAACGUGGCCAGAGACAUCGCUAAGGGCUGCCAGUAUCUAGAGGAGAACCAGUUUAUACACAGGGACAUCGCAGCUCGGAAUUGCCUUCUGACUUGCAAAGGACCGGGUCGUGUGGCCAAGAUCGGCGAUUUCGGGAUGGCUCGAGACAUCUACAGGGCGAGCUAUUACAGGAAGGGCGGGCGUGCCAUGUUGCCAGUAAAGUGGAUGCCACCUGAAGCCUUCAUGGAGGGCAUCUUCACAUCUAAAACAGACACGUGGUCAUUCGGGGUUCUGCUGUGGGAGAUCUUCUCGUUGGGCUACAUGCCGUAUCCAAGUCGCAGUAACCAAGAAGUGCUGGAGUUUGUAACCAACGGUGGAAGAAUGGAUCCACCUAAAAACUGUCCGGGGCCAGUGUACCGUAUAAUGACUCAGAGUUGGCAGCACCAGCCUGAAGACAGGCCCAACUUCUCAACUAUCCUGGAGAGAAUUGACUACUGCUUACAGGACCCUGAUGUGGUGACCAUGCCCCUGCCUGUAGAGUACGGGCCUGUUCCCGAAGAGGAGGAGCGUGCACCCUCGCGCCCUGACGACCCCUCAGCUCCAACUGUGCUGGUUAAUGCCCAGGUGCCUGAUGGGGAGGCUCCUCAGCCGCCCCCGUCCUAUCCUACAGAGGAGAACCGGAGAGGAGGGGAGCACACCGUGGUGACUAGCACAGCAUCAGAGGCCAAAGCACAGCCAUCAGCUCAGCCCCAGCCAUACCUCCACCAGCACCAGCAGCCUCACACACAGACCUCGAUCGCCAUGACUACCACUAACACAGUCACCUCGGCUGCCCCCUCAACACUCACUGCCAAGGGACCUCAUGUCACCACCCAGCCCAGUCCAGAGGGGGGCCACAUCAAUCUGGCUUUCGCCCAGGGCCACCCACCAGAGAAGGAGGGCCACAAUGGGAAAAGCACCAGUCUCUGGAAUCCCACAUACGGCUCGUGGUUCCUGCAGCAGCAGCAGAGGAAACAGCAGCAGCAGCAGCAGCAGCAGCAGCAGCAGCAAAGGCAGGCAGGGCUGGGGGGAGCAGGGGGCAGCGGCAGCAGGGUUCCCGGGGAGGGGCAGGAGCAUGUGGGUCGGACGGUGGCUGAGGUGGCCGGGGCGCUCGGCCUCCAGCACCAGCACCAGCACAAGCAGUUCCAGCAUCAACUCCAGCAGCAGCACCAGCUCCAGCUGCUGCACCAUCAGCAGCAGCAGGGUCUCUGCAGACCGCUGUUGCCCCCACCGCCCCCUCCUGCUGCCCAGUCACCUCUGCUGUUAGAUUCAGCUGCCUUGCCCCCAGUUCCCCUCUACAGACUGAGACGUUUUCCUUGUGGCAACAUCGGCUACGGCUACCAGGAGCAAGGUCUGCCAAUGGAGGCCACCCACAGUAACACCAAUCCCCCUCCUCCACCCCCUCCAGCCCAGCAGGGCACCUCCAUGCCCUCCUCAGCAGCCCAUCAGAGGGGGGCCUCUAUUCCCACUUCGGUGUCCCUGGGUCGGCCAGGUAUGUCCGAGGACAGCCGUCCACUGCUAGUUACUAUGGGGACAGUGCAGGAUCCACGGCUGCCCAGGAUGGAGGGCCACAACGCCACCGUGCUUUAG